AUAGCCGCCAGAUAUGGCAGCCGAAGAGAAUGGAACCAGUGCCAUCAACACUGUUGUCGGGCCGGAUGAUGAUCCGAUGCGUGAUCCAACGCGGUGGGAAAAGUUUUGCCAGCGUCAUGGAAUCAAUCCGAACCUGAUCAUGUUGAAGAUAACACUGUUCGUGAUGUAUGGUGCCACCUCUUCGCUGCUUCCGUAUCUGACCAUCCACAUGCAAAGUACCGGCCUGACGGUGGAGGAAAUCGCAAUCAUCUACUUGGCGCUACCGUUCACAACGUUCUUAAGUCCACCGAUCACCGGAUUCCUGGUGGACAAGUUCGGACGGUACAAACCAGUGGUCAUCAUGAGUUUGCUAUUAAAUGCAUUAUUCCACCAUUCGCUGCUGCUGAUCCCGCAGCAGGAAAUACCUGGCAAGGUACCGGAAGCGUACGUAAUGAGACAUCCCGGCACGGGAAAUGUAGAGGUAUGGUGGUCACCCUGUCCUAGCCGCGAGUGCCCGGAAGAGGAGGAAAUCGAUAUUGUUGUGGACCAAUGUUUGGAUCACUGCCUGCUGCAGGAACAAAAUCCGAAAAUUGAACUCGCACCACCACCGACCGAUCUGCCGCUCGUCGUCACACCGAUAGGCGUUGAGCCGAACGACCCGAAGGACGAUCUCGAUCUGUACGUGCAGAACAAGGGCAAGGGCAAUAAGAACAAAACCGCGGACGUACUUAGCACUAGCAGCAGUUCGAGCACUACCGAGCUGUACAUCGACAUUUCUCGAUUCCCAGAGUCAUUGCUUAAGGAGGUACCGGAAGAGUCGGAGGAAAGCGAAGAAGGUUGGGUAGUGGCGGGCAGUGGCGAUUCCGCAUUCAUCGUGCUCGACAUGCAUCCGGAUCUGGGCGAACCGAUCGAGCAGCUGGGCAUGGAAAUUGAACACGAUGACAAUGCGACGGUGACCGACUUUAAGACGCGGUUCGGUGUGGCACUGCUCUGGAAGCAGGGUGUUAACGUGACCGCCCUGGAGGAGGAGGAUCUUCGAUGCGGUGGGCUCGUAAUGACGUCCAACAUGACGCUCAACAGCAACAUCAAACUAUCGGAAUGGGCGGCCGAUUGUAUGGUACAGCGGUGCCGUUUCCGCCGUAACGGUCCGGACAUCUGCCCACCGGACUAUAAGGAAAGUGAUGACAAAAUCUUCUGGAUAUACUUUGCGCUUCGCUUCCUGGCUACGACGAUGCUGUCAGCGGGCGUCACCAUCAUGGAUCCGAUCGCACUGACCAUGAUCGAAAAGUAUGGUGGAGACUUUGGGCGCGAACGGUUGUUCUCCAGCAUCGGUAUGGCGAUCUUUUCACCUAUUACGGGCAUUCUGAUCGAUUUGUUCUCGAAGGACCUGGGCUACACGGACUACUCGGCGGCGUUCUAUACGUACGAUAUUUUGCUAGUCAUAUCCUCGGUGACGGUGUUUUUAAUGCCGCUAGGGGAGAAGCUUCCGGCGGAUAACGUGUUUAAAGAUUUACUCAAUCUGCUCAAGUUGAAGCACGUCAUUAUCUUUAUAUGGUUCCUGUUCCUGUUGGGCAACUUUUGGGGUUUCAUCGAGAGUUUCCUGUUCCUGUACCUGAAGGAGCUUGGUGCACCCAACUACUUGCUGGGUAUCACUAUUACCGUGGGUACGGUGAGCAGCAUACCCUUUCUGUACGGCGCAGGACGCAUUACGAAAAUGGUGGGACACGUGAACUUGAUCGUGAUAGCGUUCAUCGCACACGCUUGCCGCCUAGUAGGAUAUUCGUUUAUUGAGAACGCUUGGUGGUGCUUUCCGUUCGAAGCGAUGGAGGCACUCUCCUGUCACCUGAUGUGGGUCGCUGCUGCAACUUACUGCGCUUUGUUAGCUCCCAAAAGUCUGCUAGCCACACUGAUCGGUGUCCUGGGAAUGGCUCACUUUAGCUUGGGUCGCGGUAGUGGAUCAUUCUUCGGUGGUUUUCUGAUCGCUGAGGUUGGCACUCGUGAAGCAUUCCGGUACAUGGGUUUGGUUGCCGUGGCGGGAGGACUUGCGUACAAGUUCAUCCAUUCAAUAUGGCUUCGCAAAUACGAUAAUCCGGAUGCGGACGAAGAGGCAAUAGAGAAGGGUGAAGCGGAGAAGCUCUACACCGACGGUGACGAGCCGAAGACGAAAGAUCAAGGCACCUCGAUGUCACAGGAACGGCUAUCGCUCAUGAUAAAGUACAAUCAGAUAGGCAGCCUCACGUCCUUGCCGCGUGGUUCACGGGGCGACGUGAACGAUGUCUUCGCCAAGCGUCGUAGCAGCUACAACAUCGAGUUCGUACGCGCUCAAAAGGGUGGUGGAAGCGCUUCGAAGGUGGACCUACUGAAGUCGGCGGUCGACAUCAACCACAAGGCGUCCCAGCAACAUUUGCGCAAGGAGGGCAAAGCGUCCGAUCAGUCACUCAACUCGAAACGUGCCGACAGUGCACCACGUUUGAAUCAAUCGAAGAACAUCUCGCAGCCCACCUUAAGUGCGGUCGUGGAUGAGGAUUUGCCGUCGUCUGUACUGUCGCGCCACAGGAAGAAACAUCAUCAGAGCGGUAUUUUGGUGGUGAAGGCCUGCAGCCAGGAUGGUGAUUUGGACCUGCGUAAUUAUUUGCGGGAAACGGAACAACGUGAUUCGAUCACCGAGGGCGAGGAAGAAAACUACAAACUGGAGCUCAGCAAGAAAGCUUCUCGUGGCCAUGUGCUCAAUGACAUCCCCGAGCGCACCGUGGAAGCUGCAGAUACUACCAGCGGAAGCGCUGGGCCGGUGGUAACGCCAGCCGUGGUGGAAAGCACGGAACCAGCAGCAGUGGCUGCCACCACACCUAGCAUAUCGGAUGAUCACACAAAAAACAAUGCUUCUUGAUAAACAUGAUGGAUGUAGUAAUGAGCCUAG